GGGGCUAACCUCUUUUGGGACUAAACUCAUGAAGAACAAGGGAGCCAAGCAGAAACUCAAGAGGAAGGGAGCCGCGAGCGCGUUCGGCUGCGACCUGACGGAAUACCUGGAGAGCUCUGGGCAGGAUGUCCCCUAUGUGCUGAAGAGCUGUGCAGAGUUCAUUGAGACACAUGGCAUUGUGGAUGGGAUCUACCGCCUCUCAGGAGUGACGUCCAACAUACAAAAGCUGAGACAAGAGUUUGUUUCUGACCAAUGCCCAGACCUGACAAGGGAAGUUUAUCUCCAGGACAUUCACUGUGUGGGGUCACUCUGCAAGCUCUACUUCAGGGAAUUGCCCAACCCUCUCCUCACUUAUGAGCUCUACAAGAAAUUCACGGAAGCAGUAUCACGCUUCCCUGAGGAUGAGCAGUUGGCACGAAUUCAAAAUGUCAUCCAGGAGCUCCCACCAUCACAUUACAGAACGCUGGAAUACCUGAUCAAGCACCUGACUCACCUGGCCUCCUUCAGCAACAUGACCAACAUGCACACAAGAAACCUGGCAUUAGUGUGGGCACCCAAUCUCCUCAGGUCAAAGGAGAUUGAGGCUGUUGGCUGCAAUGGAGAUGCAGCUUUCCUGGAGGUGCGAGUCCAGCAAUUGGUGAUCGAGUUCAUCUUGAAUCAUGUGGAUCAGAUCUUUAACAACAACAGAAAAGCCAGCUCCGCGGAGAACAGUGAGAACACACCAAUUGUGAAAAGUCUGACCCUCCCCUCGGCCUCCCUACCAAUGAAACUGGUGAGCCUGGAAGAAGCACAGGCCCGGAGUCUGUCAGCCUCCCACCCUGCUCGGAAGGAGAGGAGAGAGAACAGCUUGCCUGAAAUUGUCCCUGUAACUGGCUCCCUCUUCCACACAGUUGUUGACCUCCCUGAGAGCAAGAGAAAAUUAUCUACCAAAUCCAAGAAAUGGAAGUCGAUAUUUAAUUUGGGCCGUUCUGGCUCAGAAUCAAAGUCUAAACUGAGUCGAAAUGGGAGUGUCUUUGUAAGGCCACAGAAGCUUUCUGAAAAAGCAACUAUUCGGCCCGCUAAGAGCAUGGACUCGCUGUGUUCCCUGCCAGUGGAAGGGGAGGACGAGAAAAGCAGAUUCAAACGAACAGUGACUACUGGAGGGUUUUUUGUCCCAGUGAUGAAAAUACGGACAGGAGGCACAGGCAGCUCAUACGACCUCAGCAAGGAGAAUGAGUGGGAGCAGGAAGGAUCUGCCAUGGGGGCCAAAGGAAGUUCUGAGCUAAGUGAGGGGAAAGGUUUCCCCUGGGCACCACAGGCAAAGUCACCCCCUGAGCAGCUGAAGGUCUUCCGGGCAGCAGAGGAUGCUGAAAAUGAGCAGACUUCCCCCAAAAGUGGUCGCAUGUUCUACACCUCAGAAACAGCUGCCAAGUCAGGCUUUCCAAGCAGCCUCUUUCCUUUGGAAGCUUCCCCUCGUCACCAGAGGAAAGCAUUGAACAUCUCAGAGCCCUUUGCUGUCUCUGUACCCCUCCGGGUAUCUGCAGUCAUCAGCACCAACAGCACCCCCUGCCGUGUAUCUGCCAAGGACAAACCUUCGCUCUCCAGCCUGGAGGAACUGUCUUCUCUGGUGCCCGAGAGCCCAGCUCUCACUGUCCUGGAAGUGGGGAGCCACACAAGGACAGAGCAGGCCCCAGAGAGGAAGGAGAAACAACCUGGGCCUGCCCUGGCAACAGCAGCAUCCAGAGAUUCUCAUCCAGAGGAGUUGGUGGCAGCCAGGAAACCGGAGUCCUUAGAAACUCCACAGCCAGCAGCAGAAAAUCAGAAGACAAUAUGUGGGCAAAGCAGCAGCACAAGCAGCAAGAGCCCCCAACAAUCCCCAGAACAAAGUCCCAGCUUGGAACCAAUGCCAAUCUUAGAGAUUCAUAUGGGGCCGCUCCCUGCAGACAAGGCAGAGCAAGGGCAGCUCAAGAUGAAAGAAGGCUCCUCAGAAGGCAGCUGUGGCCAGCAGGAGAUCCAGAAGGCUAAAGCAGAAGAAGGGUUGCGUUUAAGAAAUCUGACUGAAGAGGACUCCACCAAUGCCCUGCUAGAACCUCUGUGGCCAGAGAUACAGCAGGAACUGAAAAUCAUUGAACCUGAAGAGGAGCUCUUGCUCUUGCCAGCAACUGUCCCAGAAACAGGCCUAAUUUCUGAAUCCUCUUCUUCAGUACAAACAGAUAGCUUUUCCUCAAGCACAGGGCAGGCUCCAAAUCUGUCUGAGCAGAAAUCUGCAGGCCGAACAGCACAGACCGCAUCUCAAGUGCCUGCAUUUGGUGCCACCAGCACAGAACAAUCAGAUGGCCUCUGCAAGUGCCAGUCUGAAGUGACUACACAGCACAGCUGUGCUCCAGCCCUACUGAAACCAGGUACUCUUCCGACUGCCACAACUACUCCAAAGAACCAUUGUCCAAUCGUGGAGGACAGCGUGAGUGAAUGUCUCACUCCUCCCCUGGACUGGGAACUUCAUAGUCAAGCAGAAUUUAAUGAGGUUCCCCAAAGAGAAGAUUUUUCAUGUUCCAAAGGGGCGUGUUCAGAGCCAGAGAGAGAAAAAGAUAGCACUUGCCAACUGCAGAGGGAAAAGGAUGAUAUCACCAGACUCCAGACUCAGAAGGAGAAGCCUGAGAAAAUGACUGCUGAUGGGAAGAACGCAUUCUCCUCCAAGGUGCUGAGUGGAGCUGGAAUCCAGGAGCCGAAGGAGGGUAAUGCUGUUAGCAGAACUCAUGAUGCUGGUGACCAGGAUGAAGAGGAUACUUGGACAGAUAAUGUGCAGAGCUUAGAACUUGUAGAGCCAUGGGAGGAUCACCAGUGGGUCACAAGCCCACUCCAUUCCCCCACCUUUAAGGACCUUCAAGAGAAGACGAUACAGGAGUUACAGCCACAUAGUCAGAGAACAGAGACAGGCCUUUGUCUUAGACCACGAUUCAGUCGCAGCCUCUCCCUGGAUAGUAAAGACACAGUGAUGAGUCUGUGGACUAUCCCAUUCUCUUUCACCAAUGUCACUGAACAGCAACAACCUUGCAGUGACAUUCUGCCAGGGACUUGUGAGCUGCCCAAAACACAACCUGUCUCCCCCUCUAGCUUGGGCAAAGCUAAGCAAGAUGAGAAUGGCAUGAGUUCUCCAGAAGAGCCUUUGAAACCUGAGGGGCCAAGGUAUCCCCUUAGCAGAGAGGGAGAGCCAGCCAAACAAGAGGGACUCUCCAGAACCCCUCUUUCAGAGCCAGCCGAGAAGAAAGUGAACACAAGCAAAGAAAACCCUUGGAGCUCAAAGCCUGAGCUGUCUUUGCCAUACCAAAAUACCCCGGACUGUUCUUUACAGACAAAAAACACAAAGGAGGAGUUAUCCACACCUCAGAACACUGCUUUGGGAGGAGAGACUGUUACCAAAGGACUGUGCUCUGCCACUGAAUCACAGCUGAGUAAUAAAGGUGAAGACACUCUGCGUAAAGGGAGGACUAGGCCAUCAUCCCUCAACUUGGAUUCACUUCUUCCAGCCUCAGAUUUCUUUACCUUUGAAAGCCUGGCCAUGCCCUCUGCUGCAGGGAACCUCCUGUGUGGGCAAAAGGAAGUAAAAUGCAGUGAUUCUGUCCCAUCCCUUCCAACUGCCUGCCCUGCUGUGAGUAAAGGUGUUCCCUGGGGGUCUCACUUCCGUGCCCAUGUGGAUCUAGACUUGGAUUACCUGGCAGUGGCCCACGCCAACACUGGCCGUCGUAACUCUGCCCCUGUCAGUGUGUCAGCGGUCAGGACCUCCUUCAUGAUUAAGAUGUGCCAGGCUAGAGCUGUGCCCGUGAUACCACCCAAGAUUCAGUAUACCCAGAUCCCCCAGCCACUGCAGGCUCAGAAUGCUACUUCAUCAGCAGAGCAGAAGGAAGCAGACACCAAGCAGGCCGGUAGGCAGGCUCACCGAGCAGCAUGGGGCCAUCUGGAGCCCCCAAAGAGUCCACUGACAGAGAAGAAAGCCAAAGCAGAGAAAGAAAACAGUGACCCAGCUCAAAAGGACUCAGCCUGUCCAUGGCAUGGCAGCGUCAGCUCUCCACUGGAGCCGUCUCAGUCCAGUCAUAACCCUGGCCUGGAUGCCCCUGUUCUGCGCCGGAAGCGCACCUCUGCGGGCGAGUCUGCUGGAGACACCCCACAGUCCUCAAAGAUGGAGAGGCCAUCAGGGUUCUCCAAGCCUUCCUAUAGAUGUAGGCCUGGGAGGCCCCAAAGUCUGAUUCUCUUCAGUCCCCCUUUCCCCAUUAUGGACCACCCGUCCUCUUCAGCAGACUCCAGGGUGUUGUUAUCACCCAUAAGAAGCCCCACUCAGACCACCUCCUCGAACCCCAUUUGUGGUGAUCUGUCUGAAACAUCGCGGACAACGCCUGAGGGGGUGACGCUGAGGAACAAAAUGACCAUCCCCAAGAAUGGCCAGAGACUGGAGACCUCUACCAGCUGCUUUUACCAGCCCCAGAGGCGCUCUGUGAUUCUGGAUGGACGAAGUGGGAGGCAGAUUGAAUAGCAACAGCUUCCGUUACUCCUUGUCCCUGGUGGAUGGGAUGGUCUACACCAAGACGAACUCUGUUGCCAUUCUUGCUGUUGUCAUAACUAUUCUGUGCAAGAAGGACCCAAAGCCUUUACUGUCUCCUGCAAAACAUUUUGGGGGGGUCAUAAGCUUUUUGUGUUCCCCUUUUCAUUCCCUUUCUCACCCUUUCCUAGACUCUCACAUUCUGCUUUUUUGUAAGACAGUCCAAAGGAAUCUGCCUUUCCUCGUUAUUGUUCCCUGUGAAAGUCUCAUCCUCUCUACGGAAAAAAAAAAAAGGAACAAUUAAUCCUGGAAUAAUUAGAAAACAGGGCUGGAAGGAACGAUAUUCCAAAGAACUGCAGCUCAGGCUGCAGGGGCACACACCUGCCAAGGAGAUGAGUCUAGAUGUUUGGGACAUCCUUCCUUCUUUCCCCAACCACCAUUACAGUACCGUGCCUAACCAUCUUGGGUGGCUGGUUUGGAUAGGAUAAGUAAACAGUGUAGAUUGGUGAUAGCUGAAGCAGAAGGUGAAGCAGAAGGUGAAGCAGGUGUGACCAAGUCACACACAGUGUGAGUUACACAAGGCUGUUCCAGUGGCAAACAUACAAUCUGAAGGUGUUGCCUCCAGGUCUUUUGUUGAAUCAAAGGUGUGCUCUUUCCAGCAUGUGCAAGGGCUGGAAUAAAAGCAGCUGGAUAGAAAAGGCCUAGUUGUUUUUUUUAAUCUUCCAAAUCUUGCUCAUAAAUUUUAUUGUGCUCAGCCACACCUACUUUUGGCAGGCAGGAUUUGGGUGUGAGGGAGUGUGUAGCUGGCUGUCCAGUGAUAGAGGGUACUCAGGCUGGUAUCAGUGAAAGCGAAGAUAUGGUCAUAACAAAGGCCAGUAUCAACUAUUGUCAUCAUUGCUUAAAGCUAGAUGACACCCUUGUUAACUAUCUUCAGCUGUGCUCCACACUGCUAUCAGCAGAGAAAAGAGAGGAUCUUCUGAUGUGCAUGUCCUUGGGCUGUUGCCCUCUUGCACCCUGACUGACAUGUCUGUGACCCUUACCACUGUGUGGCAUGUCCCCAGGUGCUUCUUCUUCCUUUAAACUUCCUCUCCUUGUGAUUUUACAGUUUCUUUGAGAGUAUGGCUGGCUUUCACCUCCCUGCCCCGCAAUGCUUUCAAACUGAUUAAAAGUAUGGUAAAGAAAGAGGAUGAUUUGUGGGACCACAGAACAGAUCAUGAACAAUAUCCUGAGAGGGAGAUUUGAAGUGAAUUAAACUGGCUCCUGAAGGGUCGUUAUCAUUACAGGCAAAUACAUGUUCAUAUAAGCACCAGCUGCCAUGGGAAUAGAAUUAAAGAUUCCAUUAUAAAGCCUCUAACUCUGAGUUAGCUGCAGGCUCAUCUUUUGCCCAGUACGUGACUGUGAGCGAUUGCAAAGUCAGGUACAGCCCAUGCUGUCUUUGCAAUUUAAAUGUCACUAGUGACUAUGGAGGAGAUGGGAACACAGGUGUUGCUGCCAGCACUGACAUUGUCCCUGUAACGGUGCCUGUAGGGGCCAUCAUUCAUGGAGAUCUUUCAGUCUGUAGGCCUUCUGAUGGAUAUUAUGGGCUAUAGCUUAAGCAGUAACUGAGCGGCUGGUAGGAAGUGCUACAGCCACCCCAGUGGGUGUCAGUCAAAAGGCCCCAAUGUCUGCAUGUUUAGAUCUUUAUCUGAUAAAGGCUGCUGCAGUGCUGGCAUUUUCAAAUUUGUAGUAAACAGCCCAUGGUCUGUAUUGAAUGUGCCACUUAAUUAGCGUCAUUGGGGCUGGAGGGCCCAGAUUCUUGAUACUGCUCUCUCUUCACUCUCUGAUUUCUCGAGGGGAGAGAUGCCGGAGUACUUCUGAGAAGUUCUGCACCCACAUAUGCAAGGAAUAAAUCUUCAGCUGCGUAUUCUCUUGUUUUAUCCAAAGGGAGUGUGAAAAAACAGCAGGCUUUGUCCCUGUCACCAGUUGCAUAUUUGAUUGUCCCCAUUGUAUUCUGCACUUGCAAUAUAAGAGGGAACAGAGUAGAGAACUAAGUUUCCAUGUUUUGUUCAGGUAGAAUGUUAAUUCUGAAAAGAACCUAGAGUUCUUGUUUGGGUUCAUGUUCUCUCAAAGGUGUCAGCAAGUGCUUUACUGGGGCAAACAGUGGAGGGCAGGUCCAGAAUAUGCAGCUGUAUAACAAUUGUAUUAUGCUGCUCCCAGAGCAUAAAAUCCCUUUGCAGCCUCCCAUUAUAACAAGGGGAUUGCUAGUCCUCCGUGUUCCUCAUAGUUAGUACAGCUCUGUGCUGCCUCUACAUGGCACUGAAGAACCUUUUUUUACUGUCUCAUGGGAAAGCUUUUAAGAACCACAGGAGAAUUAAUGGCAAAUGACUUGGAAAGGUGUGAUACAAGGUACUAUGGUAAGGCUUUACAGAAUGUAAUUGUAGUGGAAAUGGUGCCCAAAUUUUGUGUUGUCAAUGACAUGGUUUGCUUUGGGCAUGGAUUUAUAUUCUCCUCUCAGUUACUAGAAGUUCUGACUGCCAAGGCAUUUGGAACAGAGCCAGUUAGACUCAGAAAGUAAAGUGUCAAAAGAAAAAGAAAAUGUGAUGAAGCUGUGGCAUGUUAAAAUCAUCCUUUUUUUUCUUCCCUCCUUUUUCUCAUAUAAGCUGAUCUAUGAGCAAGAAAAGAGGUCCUGACAACUUGUGUAUAAAUAUUCUGUCUUAAUUCUUGACUGUGUUCCAUUAAGUAAUAACACUGUUGCUGUAAUGUUGAAAUUCCUGCAAGAAGACAAUUAUUAGAAAAUUUUACUUAAUACUAAAUAUUGGCCUCAACUAAAAUCUGGAUCCAGACCGUAGUUUCUGAAGAUGCUUCAGAAUUUGAGCUCAGAUCCCGGUCCUGGAUUUUAAUUAACCAGAGUUUCUGAAAUGAGAUCUAAAUUUUGUAGGUUGAUCCCAUCUCCAUUUAUAGUUCCAGCUCCACCCUUCAGCUGAUAUAUCAAAAUUCCACAAGCUUAGCCAGGUGGACUUAACAGAAGCACAUCACUAUGGCGUGUGGUCAUGACUGGACUUGUAUCAAGAGAGCUGAGAUAAAGCCCUAGAUCCUGCAGAACUGGGAGUAUUUGCUUAGUUUGUUGCACAGGUGUCACCACGCCCAACUCCAGGCCCAAACUUCCGUAGAGUUUGUAAUGCUUGAUAGUGGGUUCCUGUUGACACUGAUCGUUGCUGUUGGCUUCAAGGACCACGGCUUAAUAUAGCUGCACAGAGCCAGAAAGCAGAAGUCAUCUCCCAUUCAGUGGUGCUGAUUGUGUGGUUGCAGCCUCCUGAGACCUCAAUUUAUUAAGCCAUUUCUGAGAUCAGCUUCAAGGUCAGGCCUGAUGUCACUUUCACUUUAGAGCCCUUAUGCUGACUUCUGCCACCCUGCAGUAGCAGACUGAACCAGACUGGAAGCUCUUCUGAAGUUUGGGGUUUUGGAGUGGUACACUGGGGGUACCAAACUCCUGCCCUCCAACACAACCCCCUCAAAGCUGGAGGUUCUGAGAAAGGUUUUCUUUUUUUUUCUUUUUUUUUUUUUCCGCUUGUUCCUGCAUUUGUUUGGGUUUUCCUGUGAAGUAUUGAGAAGGAUAGAACAGAUUUAGGGGAGGCGGGUCUGGCCCAGAAUUUGAUGUUUUUGAAUAAGGAAGAGGUGAGUUGGUUAUUCUUGGCAUUACAGAAAGGAUCUUCCUGAUUAGAAUCGUGCAUCACUUGGAGACCUCUGCAGAGUCUGCAAGGGUCACUCCACAGACCCUGGAGAACAUUCAGUUCUCCUGAGACUCUGAAGAGUGUAAAGGCCAUUUUUCUGAGUUUGCAGAUGACCUUAGUCAUGAUUUAGUAGCUAGCAGUUCUAGCAAUGGGAGACAAGAAAGGUGGCUAAAUUUCACUUCUACCCAUGUAAAAAGGGGUUUUGUGCAGCUUCUGCUAAGUGCAGGAGUGUGAAGUGCUCAGUGUGAAAUGGUUGAGCUGGGAAACUCCAGCUGGAAAGGAAUGACGUGAAUAGGUGUUAGCUCUUGUGGGAGCUGCCUCAUUGGAGAGAGGGUGAGCAGAAAUGAGGAUUGUAUUUUACCUUAUAAACGACAUUCCUCUGGGCUGCCCUUCCCAUCCUAUCCUUUAAUAAAGAGUGAAGCACUUCUCUUUUCACCUUUAGGGCUUUAGAGGCACUUAGGUCUGCGAUUCCCUCGUCCAGAGUCCAAAAGGUGCAAUCAAUCUUUUUUCUUUCUUUACAAAUUCUGAAAUGCCUUUAGUGGUGAAUAUUGUGUUAAAUUUUUAUA